ACAGAUGGCCAGCUGUUAAUUAAACGACCAUUCGAGAGGAGAAAAUGUACGUCACAAGGCGUCUUUCAACGCUUCGCAGGUCGCCGUCGGCAGGCUCGUUAGCUACGGAAGGUCCGACCUCCGGUUUCCUUGUAAUUCAAGAUGAAGAAGCCGAAGCAGAGCAGCCUACCCUUUGUUUUGGUUUGUGCAAGGACGAUUCUCUCAACGAGUUGCCUUUCCCUCAGAACAAGGAAUUGACAGUUCACUACAGCUCCGAUGACGACGAUGUUGAUCUUGUUCCCGUUCUCAAUCAGCCCUUGUCUUCUAAUACCUACUAUGCAAUUGAGCCUCAUGGAAGGCAUAAAGGGGAAGCGUAUGCAAGUAAUGAUGAAGAGGAGACGACUGGCUGCUGCACGGGAGGAAUUAAAGACGCAAAACCAAGACCUCUGGACCCCUAUGAUGUCUACCAGCAAUUUGAAAUCUGUUCAUAUCAAGGCAAUAAGUUUUAUGCCAAAUCCAUUGUUGCCGAUGCCUAUCCUCCCAACUUUCUAAGAAGAAAAGGUUGGACUAUUGGUACCAGAACCUCAAAAAACUACGAAUUGGGUGAAGCACAAGGACUUGAUGCUUCCUUGCGAGCUUGCCUUCCAGACUUCAACUUCCCAUUGUCAAGGAAGGACUCGGGGGCAGUAGUUGUCGGAAGAUGGUAUUGUCCUUUCAUGUUCAUCAAAGAUGGUCAGUUAAAAGAGCAGAAGCAGAGGUCAAUGUAUUAUGAGAUUAUACUCGAGCAACAAUGGGAACAGAUAUUUUCGUGCGAAAAUGGAUUUGGUAGUGGCAGAAUCGUGGCUGUUGAUGUCGUUGUUCAGAAGGAAGCUGUUGUAAUUAAUGGAGAGGCAAUGAUCCUGGAUGGGAGAAAUGUUGUUGAUGGGGUGAUGUGGUUUAGAAGAUGCAGCGAUGGAGGAGAUAUAGCAACUCCCGUGGGAUUGCAUAUGGCAAUUGUAGAGAGAAUGAAGUGGGAGCAAGAAGGGUUCGGAUGGGUGAAGGCAGCAGAUACACAAGAAUGGGAGAAUGUGAAAAGAGAGGAGGAGUUUGGAGGAACAGGUGAAUGGAGAAAAUUUGGUUGUUAUGUUUUAGUAGAGAGAUAUGUGGUGAAAAGAAUGGACGGAAGCUUGUUGCUGAAUUAUAACUUCAAGCAUACUAACCAGAUUAGGAGCAAAUGGGAAUGAGGAAAUACAACCAAGUAUUUUUACUUUUUAACGCGUUGCAUUGUGUGCAGUGUUUGUACCAAACGUUGAUGUAUUUUCUCCAUAGUUUGUUUGUCUCUUUCUACCUCAAGGUCACCACAAAUCCCUUUGAUAAGUGGAUUUGGGGGGGAAGGGAGGGAGCGAAUUUGAAUUUGGAUCAUUAAAUUCAAAUAUAUUUU